CCCGUGGCCACGUGCCCUUCAAACAACUCUAGCACACCGUCCGGACAAACAAACACACUCUGGAGUAUAAAGGUCCAGCGCUUUAACCUCCUCUAAAAUACAGGUUGGUUUACAGAGGAGGCAGUGGUCAUCCCAAGCAUUAGGUAACACUGAGUCCUCGGAACUAGUAAGAGGAACAGUCUGAACAAACAGUUUGGCUGAUUGGUGCAAAGAAAAAAAAAGGAUACAAAAGGGGAUCCAGGGAAUUGUACGAAGACAACACAGAGACCGGACUUCCAACACAAAAAAAAAGACCCAUCGUUUGUGAAUAAUCCCGAACUGGUGGACUGCCUUCAAGACACUACUCCUCCUUCCCUCCUCUCUCUCUCUCUCUCUCUCUCUCUCUCUCUCUCUCUCCCUCCUCAUCAAGACCAGAGCCUCCUCUUCUUCCAUCCCUCCCGCUGGCUCCUGCCUCCUCCCUGUAGUGGACCUCCUUGCCCCCCAUGAGCGUGUCCAACUCUUCCAACGCCUUCCGAUCGGAGCGUAGUUUCCACCAGACCUCCUCAGGCUCUUCCGGAAGCCCCUUCAUGGAGAAGAACAGGGGCCUGUUCACCGAGGACUUUGGCUCAUUCAUUGGUCCCGGGAGCGAGCCCUUGGGUUUUCCUAGUGGGGCCGGGAAGAUCAAGACCCUGGGAGACUCAUACCAGUUUACAGUCGACGUUCAGGACUUCUCCCCGGAAGAUGUGAUCGUCACCACAUCCAACAACCAGAUUGAAGUCCGCGCCGAAAAGCUGGCCCCGGACGGCACGGUGAUGAACACCUUCACACACAAGUGCCAGCUCCCUGAGGACGUGGACCCCACCUCGGUGGCCUCAUCGCUGGGCACCGAUGGGGCGUUGACCGUCAGGGCCCGGAGGUUCCCCGCCAAGCACGAGCACCUGCAGACGUUCCGCACGGAGAUCAAGAUCUAGAGAGGAGCCAUUGCCAUGCACUUCCUUCAUGUCUGGUUUUUUUAUUCUCCUUCACCCCCCCCCUGAUUUCUGAUGUCGAUACUAGCGCUUUUUCUUGUUACCGUUAGUUGUAUUUUUAAGUAUUUUUUUCCUCUGAUACAACUUUUUGUAUCAGUAAUUUAAGAGUUUAAUUUAAGUUUUAAAACUUUCCCUGCUUACUAAUCACAAUAAUGUUAAGGAGUAAUUGCACAUUAUAUUUCUGUGACAUAAAAAAAAGUCUGUUUUGGGAAUAGAUAUUGUUUUGUGUGAGACUGUGUUCACUGUGGGCAAAUUUUUAAUAAUAUAACCAAAGCAAUAAAAAAGUGUUGAGGGAAUUCCUACUUUUUAUUCAAUGCUGAAUAAUAUACUUAAGAAUACACCCACAUUAUAAGAACAACCUCAGAAACCACCUCGACGAUUGAACAUCUUACAUAUUGGUACUUAUAUAUAAUGUAUAGCAUUUUAUGUCUAAUGUGAUAAUACGUUUGCCACCUGUGAUUGUUCUUAUUCUAUGUAAAGCUAUAGAUUUACAUUAAACUCGAUACAUCUACCCCAUA